AUAAAUUAUUAUAUGUGAAUAUUUUGUUGUAAAGAAUUAUUGAUGGUGAAAGUUGUAUGGAAUACAGAAGUUAUAUAGAAUAUGGAAUAACUGAAUUUUGAAGGAUUUGAAAGUGAAAGUGUAUAAGCAAAAACUACUGAAAGUAUUGACAAUUUUAAUGGGUGAUAUAUUGUUUUAAUCCGUGCUACAAUAUAUUUAUAGUUACAGUAACAAACAAAAAAUCAAAUAAACGAAAACUACGUAAAAGUUAAUUACAAAAAUGGACUUAUCUGCAGUGCUUUACGUAUGUUUAAUAGCAUUGUGCACAUCAACGGGAAGUAAACCGAAACCUGGUCGAGGAAAAGGAUCCAUGUGGUGGGGUAUAGCUAAAGUGGGCGAACCAAAUAAUAUAUCACCACUUAGCUCAGGUAUUAUGUAUAUGGAUCCCGCCAUUCAUUCUACACUAAGGCGAAAACAACGACGCUUAGUUCGUGAUAAUCCUGGCGUACUGGGUGCACUAGUAAAAGGUGCCAACCUUGCUAUAAGUGAAUGUCAACAUCAAUUUCGAAAUCGGCGUUGGAACUGUUCAACAAGAAACUUUCUGCGUGGAAAAAAUUUGUUCGGCAAAAUUGUCGAUAGAGGCUGUCGUGAGACUGGCUUUAUUUAUGCCAUCACCAGUGCCGCUGUCACACAUUCGAUUGCGCGCGCCUGCAGCGAGGGCUCCAUUGAAUCGUGCACCUGUGAUUAUAGCCAUCAGUCGCGAUCGCCGCAAGCGAGUCACCAAACAGGCAGCGUAGCGGGUGUUCGCGACUGGGAAUGGGGAGGGUGCUCGGACAAUAUCGGAUUUGGUUUUAAAUUCUCACGUGAUUUUGUAGACACUGGAGAACGCGGCCGAAAUUUGAGAGAAAAAAUGAACUUACAUAAUAAUGAAGCUGGCCGCAGUCAUGUACAAGCGGAAAUGCGUCAGGAAUGUAAAUGCCACGGUAUGUCUGGCUCUUGUACCGUAAAGACUUGCUGGAUGCGAUUGGCUAAUUUUCGCGUAAUAGGUGAUAAUCUUAAGGAUCGUUUUGAUGGUGCAUCACGCGUAAUGGUCAGUAAUAGCCUAAGACAAAAUGGGAAUACAGUACCAAGUAAUUCAGCAAAUUCAAAUGUCAUUGGAAUGUCUAGUGCGGCUAUGAGCCCUAACGCAGCAAGCCCGAAUGCUUUCAGCGCAGAUCGAAUGAUUAAUGAUCAUAUACCAGACCAUUUAAUAAAAAUACAUCCGAAUAAAUCACCUUUGAAUACCGUUAAUAACCCAAAUAGUUUCUCCCGAAAUUCGGUGCGUAGCCGUGGUCGUCAAGGGAAAAAGAACAAUAGAUACAACUUUCAGUUGAAACCGCAGAAUCCGGAACAUAAGCCACCUGGCCCCAAAGAUAUUGUUUACCUGGAACAGUCACCAAGCUUCUGCGAGAAAAAUUUGCGCUUAGGUAUUCAAGGAACACAUGGGCGUCAAUGCAAUGAUACAUCAAUCGGCGUUGAUGGCUGUGACUUGAUGUGUUGCGGUCGUGGCUAUCGUACACAAGUAAUCGACGUCAUUGAACGUUGCGCAUGCACAUUUCACUGGUGCUGUGAAGUCAAGUGUAAAACGUGUCGAAUAAAAAAAACAAUACAUACAUGUUUAUAAGUAGUGAUGAGUAUUUUUUAAAUCUCCGCCCGAUACCCUCUGAAGACAGUUAGGACUAAAAUUUUUCAAAGGAAAUGUAUAUAAGCUUUAAUAAAAAUUAAAUAAAACGGUUAUGGAGUCUGUCACAAAUCAUUAACAAUCGUUGCACUCCAACACAAUAAAGUAUAUUAUUAAGUGAGCUAGUAAAAGUAUUAAUAGAACAAAAAUAACUAACGUACAGGGAAUAAAGGGUGGGGUUUGAAGAUUUGCGGCACCUUUGUCGUUUGUUAUACCCCGUUUAUUUAUUUAUUUAUUUAUUUUUAUUAACUUUGGAUUACAAUCAAGAGGUUGUUCGUUAUAUAAAAGGACACUACAUUAGGUGACCUGUCAAUUAAUUCCAACGAAUAUAAACAUCAGUAUUUCUUUAAAUUUGAUACCAGUAUACACAUACAUAUGUAAAUAUAAAUAUGCAUACAACCUAGCACUGAUAUAAAAAAAUGAUUUAUGCACUUAAAUAUGUAUCAUAUCUAGGAGACACAUAUGUACAUAUGUGUGGCCAACGCAAUUUUCGUCGAUUUCAGUGUAAAUAUACUUAAAGUUUAGAAGAUGAUAUAAGUGAAUUGAAGUGAAUAUAAGUGAAGUUGGAUUUAAGUCCACACAUUCAAGCGAAUUUGAACGCUGUCUACAGUAUUAUAUUAUUUGAAUUCAUAAUCACUAAGUAGAAUACAUAUCUAUGUUUUUAAGUAAAAUAAAUACACAUUUUCCAGUUUUCUAUUUGUUAGUAUUCUAAGUAUGUAUAAGUACUUGUAUACGAAUGUUUAUGUGAAUAUUACCUUGCGCCAAAAUGGAUCUAACCGAAGACUGAGAUUUUGUAAUUUGCAUAUUACUUUUGUCCUUUAAUUGCAAUUUAUUUUCAUAUAUGCUUUAUCAUAUAUUGUACCAUACGGAUCCAUACAUACAAACCUAAACAUGUAUAUAGCAACAUAAAUUCAAGCUGUACGAUUUUAUGAUCUUACUAAAAGCCUUAAGAUAAGUUUUACCGCUUAUAAUUUUGGUGUUAAUUAGUUUGUUGUUUAAUAAAUACAUAAUUGAUAAAGCUAUUCUGAAAAAUAUACAAAAUAAAUUUGGAAGCCAUCUAUUACAAAUUUACAAAGGAAAAGUUAUUUAGUAAAAAAAAUUAUAAUUUUAGUAUUCAAAAUGAAUAGUAUUAAAAAAAAUGGGUUUUAAAGAAAAAUAAAUAAUCUAUUUUGAUUAUAAGCUAAAAAUAUGAAUUUAACAUUUAAGAUAAAAGCCUUCAUUUGUGGUCAUAAUGCUAACCAAUACAAGUAUUUUGCCAAAGCUUUUGAGCUCAAGGGGUUAAAUCGAAUGGUGAAAUAGAAUUAAAAUCGUUUGUGUAUUUACAUUUUGAAAAAUGUAUUUCAGUUUGAACAAAUCGUUCAAAUUUAAUAUGUUUCAUUAUG